AACAAAACAAAGAAAAGCAAAGCAACGAAGAAUUCAACAAUCAAUCAAACAAAAUUGCAUUUCGAACUGAAUCAUGUCUAAGAUUUUUAUGAAUUUACGUUGAGAAUACAUGUGCGGGGGUAAAAUUUAUUGCGCUUUCGAAAAUGUCAACUAUAAUAAAAUUUGAACUAAAAGAAUUAAGAAAGUUAGCAAAUGAUAAAGACUCUUGCGUUGUUGAAAAAAAAGUGACUCAAAAUCUUGCACUGCAACCUUGGUGUCUAGGAAAUCUAAAAGAAUCUAUAAAGAAUUUAUUAGAUUACAAAAUAGGGAAAUAUGACAAAGAAUUCAAUGGAAUUCUCCUGAGCUAUAAAAAUCUUCGUAUACUACAGAAUAUAGGAUCAAUACGCAAUGAUAAUGCAGAUAUCAAUUUUCAAGUACAAGCAGACUACUUUAUAUUUCGUCCCUAUGUUGGCGCUAUGUUAAAAGGGGUUAUCAACAGGAAGAGUCACACACAUUUGGGAAUACUGGUACACAGAGUAUUCAAUGUUGUUAUACCACGACCUACUGAAGAACCUGGCAAUAAAUGGAUUGGCUCAUCAGUUCAUGAAGGGCAACCAAUAGCAUUUAGAGUCGUUGUUUUGGAUCUAUAUGGUGCCUUACCAUACAUAAGAGGAGAAUUAGAUGAAAGAUUUAUUAAGCUGGGACUGGAUGGACAUAUUGAUAAUAUUGAUAAUACCCUUCAUGUGAAUUAUGUUGACUUCGAAAAAACUAAGCCAUUUUCUCAAAAGCAAAGCGGAGAUGGAUUACCGGAGUCAACAUCCAAGAAUGUACAGAAAGUUAACGCUAAACAACAAUCUAACAGAAUUGCUAAAAUAAAUGGGAAACCCACUCCAGAAAAAAAUAAAAAUUCGGAUAAAGACAAUCUUUCUGUAGAGAAAGAUAAAAAUAAAAGGCAGAGUAAAGUAUUAGAAGCUGAUUCAAAACAACAGGAACCAAAUUCAAAGCAAUCUAAAAAGCACAAGAAAGAUAUUUGAGUGUUCUAAAUGUGGGUUUGAAACUAAUCUCAGUAAAGUACGCCAUUUUAUCUGAUUGCUAUUAAUGAUUCAUAAAUUUCUAUGUAUUGCUAAUUUGUUUUUUAGUUUCAAGCCCAGGAUGCUAUAUUUCAUGUUGAAAAGUCAUGCCAGUCUUUACAGACCACAUUUGCUGCAUAAUAUGUUAAGAAUACAAUGUAUUGUAAGUUUUACAUAUUAUGUAUCAUUAUGUAUUUGUUAUUAGCUAUCAUUUGGCUUUAGUGACUUUGGCUAACGUAAUCUGAAAUUGAGAAUGAAAAGAAAUAUUUUAUGUAUUUUCAGAAU